GGUACACUGACUGGCACUGGGACCUCAACUAGUUUCUAACAGACGACAUGCUAUGAUUAUGUGUACGGAAGUCUCAUAAAAGACGAGACAGACAUGUACGUUUGGAUGCUUUAUUCACAUCACCCUUCUCCAGAUGUUGAAAGUCCAGAUAAAGUGACAGGCAGGGUUCAAAAUUAAGUGGGCCCCGCGCCGAGACCUAUGACGCAGCAAAUAUUUUAGCGGAUCAACUCAGAACAAACUGUUUUGUCAGCCAUCCCGCCGCCGGGUCUCGUCCGGCAAUCUUUCGGCCCCUCCAUAAUUUCAGAUUUGACGACGAGACCUACCGAGCCCAUCUUACUCUAUCUCAACACAAUCUAUAUUUCGCGCUCGUAGGGAAUCAGCACACCAUGCCAUCGACCAAGCUCCUACGAGGCAUCGCGCCUCUAGUAGCGCAACCCUCCUCGGCCGCCGCCCGCCGCCGAACAACCACAUCCCUCCUCCGUCUCCGGCACCAACCACCGUCACAACAACCUCCCCGCCGAGCAGCCCACACCACCACCUCCGGCCUCCGCCCCCGUCUCCAACCCCAAUCAUGGCACCCAACAACACCCUCUCCCCAGCAGCCUAAGCGCACCAUCUUCAUCCAAACCGAACCAACCCCCAACGCCAACUCCCUCAAAUUCCUCCCCAACCACCCCGUCCUCCCCGAAUCCAUCUCCACCCCCUUCGUAGAAUACCUCUCCCCCCGCUCCACCAUAUCCCCCCCAUACCCUUCCCCCCUCGCCGCAAACCUCAUGAACGUCGACGGCGUCACCUCGGUCUUUUACGGCCAAGACUUUAUAACAGUCACCAAAUCCGCCGACGCCGUCUGGGCCCACAUCCGCCCCGAGAUCUUCUCCCUCAUCACCGAAGCCAUCACCUCCGGCCAGCCCCUUGUCAACAUCUCCCAGCAAUCUGCCUCCUCCCCGUCCACAGCAGAGCAAGAGCAGGAAUCCGGGGAAAGGGACAGUCUAGAAUACGACGAAAACGACAGUGAAGUCGUUGGCAUGAUCAAGGAGCUCUUGGAAACGAGGAUCCGCCCAGCGAUUCAGGAAGAUGGAGGGGAUAUCGAAUUCAGGGGUUUUGAGAAUGGCAUCGUCAUGUUGAAACUCAGGGGCGCGUGCAGGACUUGUGAUUCGAGCACGGUUACGCUUAAGAAUGGGAUUGAGGGCAUGUUGAUGCAUUAUAUUGAGGAAGUUCAGGGCGUGGAACAAGUGCUUGACGAGGAGGAGGAAAUCGCCAUCAAGGAGUUUGCCAAGUUUGAGGAGAAGCUCAAGGCGCAAAAGGGAGCUGUUCCCGAGUCGACUGGGAAGGGUGGGUUGGAUAGUGUGCCUGGUUAAGAUCUGGGAAUGCAGGAAGUUAUAGGUUGUAUGAAUAGGUGGUUUCAAAAAAGCUUAUUGACCUAAUGGUGUGGACGGGGGAGUCUUGUAUGCUCGUGUAAAAUGCUGGAAAUAGAGAUAUCAUGUAUGCUGCUGAAUAUCAUGUAGCAGAAUUUAAAUAAAUGCCAAGCUGGUGGCUGUUAUGCGGAUCUAGAUGUUAUUUCACAAAGUAGCUC